UAGUUGUAAUUGGCAAUUAUUAAUUAGUGAGUAGUUGCCAAAAGUAAUGUAAUUAAUUUCCUAUUACCGGCUUGACAAGAACAUGAUUUGUGUAAUUCUUUCCAACAUGGAAGCGAUGCGAUAUGUAUAAGUGUAUAAUAUGACAAACAAUAAUUAAAUGUAUUUAUUAUCUAUUUUCGUCCUUUUUAAUUUUAUUGUUCCGUUUGUGGUUGGCAAAGACAUAUAUUUUUUUAUUUAGAGACUCGUUUUCGUGCCUAAUAUAAUGCAUUUGGACUGAGGCGUGCAACAUCGGUUGUCAUGGAAACUAUAACGUAAACAAACCGAACUGUAAACAAUACUAACCAUAAAAUAUUAUUUCCGACAUGGAUUUACGGUUAAUGGACAAAUUGCGACUAUUGAAAAUCGACUCAGAACUAAGACCUCAAAUAAAAAUGAAACCAAUGAGCCGCUAUUAUUUCAUCACGUCAACGAACCCUAAUGAACAGUUCUUUGUUUUCGCCUCUACAGCCGCUUGGCUGAUACGAAAAACUGGCAAAAAUUUUGAGCAACCUAACGAAGAAGAUGACCCUAAUACCAUUAUUGCAGCAAUAAUUGAUGUUUUACGGGCUAAGGACAUUUCACACGACUUCUCGUCUCACAAACUUAAACAAGGCUACGGCGAGCAAGUUUGUUAUAUUCUAAACGCUCUAGCUGAUGAAGCGAUGAAGGCAGAAAAUUUUGAAUGGCAGAAGCCUAUCGUAGAUAUUCCAGAACCAGAAGAAUCUACUGAUGACAUCGAUCAAGUUGAAGAUGAGACAGAAAUUCUCCUAGAGAAAGUUGAAGAGGAAAUGGCAAUUUAUUCCGAGGAUUCUGAUGGAGAAUGCAAUGAGGAAGAAAAGGAACCAAAUAUAGCCCAUAAGGUUCAUGAUUGGGAAGCGUGGAAGCUUGAAUUGGAAAGGGUGGCACCAGCUUUGAGACUCAAAAUAUCAGCCGACGGCCGAGAUUGGAGGGCUCGACACAACCAAAUGAGAUCUUACAAAGACGAGCUCUUCGAAAGAUUUAAAACAACUGGAUCUCAACUAAAUAAACUUCACAGUGCUAUAACUUCCGUAAUGGAUAAAAUAGCAGCUCGAGAGAAUAUUUUAAACGAUCAAUUUGAGCCUUUGGUUAAAGAGUACGGAACGUUAUUGGACGAAUUAAGUAAGGUGACUAAUGAAUAUGAGGAGGUAAGUGUAGGAGUGACAGAGAGGCAAGAGAUGUUAAACGAAGUUACAGCUAAAGUCGAGAGUAUUAAGCAGAAAACAGAGUCUAAAGGGUCGUCGAUGAAUGAUAAUUCUCCUUUAUUGACUGCCAAGAAAGCUGUGGCGACGCUAAAAAAGGAUAUACAAGAGCUUGAUUUCCAGAUAAUUGUUCUACUUUGGCUGUUGACGACAAAAGAGAAUCCUAACAGUAAUAGUCUCUUUACUAACAACGAACCUAGAAUGAUAAGCAAUGAAGUUUUUUGAACUCUUAGUAAAAGUCUUUACCGAGUGCAUAUUAUCAUUAUGGCUUUCAUAGAAAUGCUGUCUAUAAAAAUAUAAGAUUUUUUCAUAAUAUAGCGGUUUCGUUACACAGACAUUUUUUAUUACACUUUCCUAGUUAUUGUAGUGUUGCUUAGCAAUUAUAAAUGUAGGUACAAUAAAAUAAAACCAUGUUAUGAC